AUGGCUCAACAGUUUCAAGUGCUGAGGUGCUGUUCCUGUAACAUCUUUCAAGUGCAGCAGGUUAAAAAAAGCAAAAAAUGGAACUGCAAAAUAUGUGAUGAAAAGCAGUCAAUUCUUAGGGUUUUUGGCCAGGGCUCUGGGGUUGAUUGCAGACACCAUGUGCAGAAGCUAAACUUGUUGCAAGGAGAACAUGAUCAUGCACCUGUAAGCAAACUUAGGUGUAAAGAAGAAUCAGGCCAAAUAAGUGAUGAGAAUAUGGCUGUUGACAUCAAAGAAAAAACAGGCUGGCAGGUAAGACUUUUUGAUUUAGAAAUAGCAUAA